AUGACUCGUCCAGCUCACAGACCCCAGCUGCUUCUGCUGCUCUUGGUGGCGCUGAGGUGCUGCAGAGCGGUGCAAAACGACGCCACGGAGACAACCGACAGCCCACUGAUCGACAAGCCGCAGGAGGAGCCGGGCGAUGCAGCCACUGAAACUCACGAUGAGCCCGGAGAUGGAGCCGUGAACCGGGCGAGAAACGGGGGGAGACGCCUGGGUGACAGUGAACGCAACGGCCCGGAGCAGAGCCAGAUGGGCUGCAGGGAGCUGAGGUCCACCAAGUACAUCUCUGACGGCCAGUGCACCAGCAUCAACCCCAUCAAGGAGCUGGUGUGUGCUGGGGAAUGCCUGCCAGCUCACUUACUACCCAACUGGAUCGGCGGAGGGGGUUACACGGGGAGAUACUGGAGCCGCAGAGAGGCUCAAGAGUGGCGCUGCGUCAUUGACCGGACCCGAAGCCAGCGCAUCCGGUUGCAGUGCCAGGACGGCAGCUCCAGGACCUACAAGAUAACGGUGGUGACCUCCUGCAAGUGCAAGCGUUACUCUAGGCAGCAGAAUGACUCGGGACAUGAGUCAGAAGUGCAGGGCAAAAGUCAGACGGUCCAUGGUGCCAAACGGAGGAAAGGUCAGAGGAAGACUGGAACCCCCAAGGACCAAGCUGGGAUGCAGUCUGUCAACUAA